UCUUGGGGCAGCUGUUUGCAACCUCCAAGACAAGGACCCAACCUUUAGCAGAAGCAGUUUUCACAGAAAAGAAAGCGAAAGAAGCUCAAGGCCUAAUAAGUCUGCUGGCUGGGGCGGCCCUGGCAGUCCCAGGGAACUAGCAGAGCAGGAGGGUGGCUGUGCCUGGCUCCUUCCUGCCGUGAGUCUAAGAGCUGGGGGCCUUAGGCCCCCAGACGAACUUCCACACCGAGUUGCAGGCGCACUUCCAAGGCUGGAGGAGAUCGCGAGGCCGGGAGUGUGAGGGCCGCCAGGAGCCAGGGAGAUUCUUCCUGGCGCUCUUCCUCCGGGAGGAUGAGACCUGACACCUUGAGGUGGUGGUGAGAUGUUCUAACCAAAACAAAGGAAGUGGAUUAAUACUGAAGAGAGAAUGUUGUCAAGGAUCUAUUUCAGCAAGAAAGAUUAUCUUUCAAACAGAAAUGUUCUAGCUUCCACCCAAACCUGUGAAGGUCUGACCCUCAAAUUGAUAAGUGGAGAUGUUCAGUUUGUCAGGGCUGACGUCAUUGUCAACACUGUUCCCAGGGAUCUUCAGCUUGGAGGAGGACCACUAUCUCUGGCUCUUUUGAAGAAAGCUGGUCCACAUCUCCAGAAGGAGUUAAAUGCCAGGACGCACCAAACGAACCAGAAAGUGGGUAGUAUGUUCAUGACAAGUGGCUGCAAUCUAGACUGCAAAGCAGUACUCCACGUCGUGGCUCCAAGAUGGAAAAAAGGAGCAGGGGCUUCUGAGAAGAUUAUGGCAAGAAUCAUCAAGAAAUGUUUGAAGACUGUAGAACUACUAAGCUUCUCAUCAAUCACAUUUCCCCUGAUUGGAACAGGAAAUUUGAAGUUUCCCAAAGCUACUUUCGUUGAACUACUCUUUUCAGAAGUGUUCAAAUUUAGUAGCAGUUCUUGGCAGAGAAACUUAAAAGAAGUUCACAUUCUAGUAUAUACAAGUGAUGGGGAAGGCCGUCAGGCAUUUUUAGAUGAAUUUGCCAGACGGUCAGGUGGAAAUCCCAACGACGACGAGAUUUUCAUGCCUAGAGAUACCCAAGGUAUCUUCAGGACUGACUCUAAUCCUGUAUCCGUAAUGCAUCAAAUGAAAAUUGGUGCAGUUACUUUCCAGGUUGCUAAUGGAGAUAUCACCAGAGAAAGUGUAGAUGUUAUUGUAAACUCAACAACAAGGACAUUUAAUCUGAAAUCAGGUGUGUCAAAGGCAAUUUUAGAAGCUGCUGGAGAGGAUGUGGAAUAUGAGUGUGCUGUACGAGCUGCACAGCCUCACAGAGAUUAUAUAAUUACACAAAGUGGAAACUUAAACUGCAAAAUAAUAAUGCACAUUCUUGGGGAAAACAAUGUCAGGAGAACAGUCUCCACUGUUCUAGAAGAGUGUGAACUGAGGAAGUACACAUCAGUUUCGCUUCCAGCCAUUGGGACAGGAAUGGCGGGGAAGAAUCCAACCGAAGUUGCUGAUAGCAUAAUAGAUGCCAUUGUCGACUACACACGGAAACACCCCAACCCAUCAUUAAAAACAGUUAGGGUUGUCAUCUUUCAAGAUGAGCUGCUACCUGUAUUCCGGGACAUCAUGGAAAAAAGAAACAUCUCUGUGUCACCUGUCUUUCAGUCCAUGUUCUUCAAGGCUGCACAGUUAACCCUGGAUGAUGAAGAACGUCUCCUAAAUACAUUUCUGAGGCCUGACACGUCUUUCACUACCAAUAAUAUUCCUGAACACUGGACUGACAUGAAUCAUCAGCUGUGUUCUGUGGUUCCACUGCAGCCUGGACAAUCAGAAUAUAACACUGUGGAGGACAAGUUCACUGAGACUUGCUCUUCCUACACAAUAGAGAAGAUUGAGAAAAUACAGAAUAAAUUUCUCUGGGACAGCUACCAGCUGAAGAAAAAGCACAUGGACUACAAGAAUGGCCAUACGAAUAACGAGAAGCUCCUCUUCCACGGGACAGAUGCAGCCUCGGUGCCCCUUAUCAAUCAACACGGCUUUAAUCGGAGCCUGGCUGGGAAGAGAGCCACAGCCUAUGGAAAGGGAACCUAUUUUGCUGUGGAUGCCAGUUACUCUGCUCAAGACACGUACUCUACUCCAGACAGCAGCGGGAGAAAGCAUAUGUACCUUGUGCGAGUGCUGACCGGAGAUUACACACGUGGCAAUGCGGGAUUAGUUACCCCUCCCCCAAAGAAUCCUUUCAAUCCCACAGAUCUUUUUGACUCUGUCACAGAUGAUAGACGACAUCCACAGAUGUUUGUGGUAUUCUCUGAUAACCAGGCUUAUCCAGAAUAUCUCAUAACCUUCAGACGUUAAAAAAUACAUCUUAAUACCAAAGAGAUGAUUUAAUAAUCUAUGUAUAAGAGUAAUUUACAGAGUCCUUCGUCUUUGCCUUGGUUUGUUUAUCCAGAUAAAUUUUCCUUUUUAGGUGCUGAGAUGCUGAACAUUACCUUUUUUAAAUGUUUUAUUGCUACAAUUUGUAGCAUAUCUUUUUUCUGAGAAAAUUGAUAGGUAGAAGCAGAGAAGUACACAGUUCGUUGGUAUGGCUGUAGCUAGCUGCAGACACCAAAGGUAAUCAAAUAAUGAAAAGCACAUUUUUCUUUUCUAUUAAAAAAAAAAAAAACAUGUAUCACAGAAAAGAGGAUGAUGUUCUUAUUGAAACUUGCUAAGAUAUCAAACUGUGAUGGGUUAAACUGUACUAUGUAAGUGGAGAGGCUAUGGGUAUACAUUUAUAACAGCCAGGGAUUUUGUCUAUUGAAGAAAAACUUGUCAGUAGCUUAGCUGAGAUGACUGAAUCAUGGAAUAUUACCUCAACUCUGUGUGGAAGAAAUCAAGUAAAAAUGUAUUGUUAUCUAAUGCUACAUAAAAAAAUUACCCCAAA